AUGGAUCCGAUUGCGUUCCUCGAGAACCAGAAUAUAAAGACAGGACCAAGCUUCAAGGAGUGGCGCAUAAAGAACAAUUACAAGACGCUCCGCGCUUUCAUGGACGACGAGAAGAGGGUACAAGCGCGGCCUAUUCCGAAAAACGGCGAUAUGCGAGUGUCGGGCUACACGCACGACGGACCGUGCGAGGUGUGGCUCGACAACAAGAUGGUAGCCCAAGGUGAUAAUUGCCAUAACGACUUUCCUGCCAAAAAACACUGUAUCGACUAUUCGUCGUGCAAGGGCACGUGCGUACUACAUUGGUACUGGCUGGCGGAGCGCUUUGUAAAGAACAAGCACUCGUGGCAGGUGUACAAAGCUUGUGUCCCUCUGACGACUGGAGGCCAGCCAGUGGCACCUCCUAAAUGCAACUCAUAG